AUGCUCUGCUCGACUGCUGAGCUGUCUUCGAUUUUCUCCUCUUGGGCCUGCUUGAAACCGUCCAAGUUCGGAUCUUUUUGCUCGAAACCUAUAUGGGUCUGCUUUGAACCGCCCAAAUUCGGAUCAUUUUGCUCGAAGGUGAAGGCAAUUGUGCCUAUCAUGACAUUGAGAAGCACAAAGAAGACAGCAGGUGUGAACCAGCUGUUCAUUGAUGCCCAUAUUGAUGAUGAAGGCAUUUCAGAUGGUUCAAACAUUGAAAAGAAAAGAAUGGCCCUUUUCUUUGGUUGCUGGCUUGCUGUUGUGAAAUACAGAGAGGGUCCAGAGGUGAGAGUAGAAAAUGAGAGACUGAAUAUGAGGGAAGGGACAGAGAACAGUUGGACUAAAUUUGAGCAUUUAUCAAUGUUUGAAAAUGGUCAUAACUCAAUACAGCACAGCAAAACCAGCAGUGGUGGAGCCAACGAUAUGAGGCAGACUUCCUCAACUGCCGACUCUCUCCGCUGA